ACCACAACAAAAUUGACCACGAUUUCAUGCUACAAAGUCUUGAUUGGAGGAGCGCGACUGCACACCGGAAGCUUGAGGGAUACAAGAAGGUCCAGAGAAACAGCGCCGCGCUAUGAACCGACAGCAACUCCACCCAGCCUUUGCGGAUCUUCUGAAUAGCGACCCUCAUCUACCGGAGAUGAUUGGUUACAUUCGGCAGCUCGUCAGCGGCACUGACGGCCGGGUGGUUUCCAGGAAUGCCGCUCUGGCCUAUUUGGGUAUAAUUACUGCCUUCGCCGACCGAGGACUUCUUGAAGUCGGUUGGGCUCCCCGCUUGUUGAUCGACAUAGAAGGAAAGGAGUUUGAGAUCGUCCUCGAUGACGAAGAACAACUCGAAGAACCCGCCGUGGUUCUGCCUCCGCGCCUAGAAAUGGACCUGACUAUGGCUGGCAGUUUCGGUUUACCCGGCUCUUCUCGAGAUCACUCAAAGCAGUCAAAACUUAGGCGGUUCCUUGAGUCUUUGGCUGAUCGCGAUUAUAGCGGUCUAAGCGUUCCCCCUCUUGUCAACAGGUCGAGCGUUGUUAGUGUUGGCCAGCUCGAAGGCGAAGCGGCGGCUUCCGCUCAAGUCGAGGAGGGUAUCGUAGGGAACAUCGUCAAUCAUCUCCUCACCUUAGAAUCUCUUGACAAACGGUGGGCUUCUCUAACGGUUGCCACCAACAUUGCGUACUGGAGGCUCGGCGAAGCUUAUAAUGCGUUCGUCGAAAGCAAGCGCGGCUCAAUUCCGAGUUCCAGAAACGCGCGCACAGAACAGAAAGUUAUCUUCGAGCUUCUUUGUAGCGAGCCUGCCUUCCAGGAAGCUUCUAAAGGGCUAAAGGCAAGGUGGAGCCUUCAGAAACGCCUCCAGCGAGCACGCAAGUUCACUCUUCUCGUCGGCCUGUUCGGAGCAGUCGUUUUGCACGCUGAGCCAGAGGUUUCUGUAUCUAGAAUCGAUGCCUUGAAGUUAACAGAUUUGUAUCUACUGGCCCAAGAAAAGUCAUCUUGCGCCAUGAUCCAGGUGGUAGUCCGCAAGUUAGCAUCAAUCUCGAUCAUGGAGGUCUAGUUUGAAGCUCUACAAUGAACCAGAUAAAGUUGCUGCUUUGGUAGGUUUCUGACGUGAGUUUGAAUCUGACGGGUCCCAGAGGAG